CGGCUGUGCUGCCAAGAUAGGGCAUUUAGUAAAUAUUCAGUCUUUAACUUUUUUUUUUAAGUGAUCUUCAUUUUGCGGCAGUGGGUUAUGGCUUUCAUCCUGGCUCACUCAUCCAUCUUCUCAAUCCCAAAAUCUGGAUCCUUUUUCCUUCACUGUAAUGGCUUUAGAAGGUUACCCAUUUCAAUUUCCUUCUUUCGCUACUGCACCACUUCUGCUUCUAUCACUCAAAAGUGGAGACAACCUGUUGGAGCCGUCCUCGACCUUGGAGGACUCAAAAUCACUAGAGAAGAUGUUGUUAGGGAUAAUGAUCCAACAAACAAUGUUCCUGAUACAAUAUUCUCCAAAAUUGGAAUGCAACUUCACAGGAGAGAUCAACAUCCUCUUGGCAUUCUGAAGAAUGAGAUUUACAGAUAUUUUGAUUCCAAAUAUUCGACUAAAUUUGUCAAGUUUGAUGACCUCUGCCCUAUUGUUUCCAUUAAAGAGAACUUUGACGAUGUCUUGGUGCCUAAAGAUCAUGUGAGUAGAAGCUACAAUGACACAUAUUAUGUAGAUUCUCAAACUGUUCUAAGGUGUCACACUAGUGCACAUCAAGCUGAACUGCUGAGGAAAGGGCACACUCAUUUCCUUGUUACUGGUGAUGUUUAUCGUAGAGAUUCUAUUGAUGCAACACAUUACCCAGUAUUUCAUCAGAUGGAAGGGGUUCGAGUUUUCAGUCCUGAUGAUUGGGAGGCAUCUGGAAGGGAUGCCACUUCCUAUGCAGCUGAUGAUUUGAAAACGUGUCUUGAGGGUCUGGCACGACAUCUAUUUGGUUCUGUGGAAAUGCGCUGGAUUGACACUUAUUUCCCAUUUACAAAUCCAUCAUUUGAACUCGAGAUUUAUUUUCAGGAGAAAUGGUUGGAAGUUUUGGGUUGUGGGGUGACUGAACAGGAAAUAUUGAAGAGAGGCGGAAGAAACAAUGAAGUUGCAUGGGCUUUUGGACUUGGAUUGGAGCGUUUGGCCAUGGUUCUUUUUGACAUACCAGAUAUCCGUCUUUUCUGGUCUACUGAUGAGCGGUUUACUUCUCAAUUUUCAAAAGGCCAGCUUGGAAAGAAGUUCAAACCAUUUUCAAAGUUCCCUCCUUGUUACAAGGACAUGAGUUUCUGGAUUAACGAGUCAUUCACUGAAAACAAUCUUUGUGAGAUUGUUCGAGGAAUUGCAGGAGAUCUUGUGGAGGAGGUUCAGCUUAUUGAUAAUUUUACAAACAAGAAAGGCAUGACUAGUCACUGUUAUAGGAUAGCAUACCGAUCCAUGGAACGUUCCCUUACAGAUGAAGAAAUUAAUGAUUUACAGUGGAGUGUAAGGGAGCAGGUGGAGAACAAAUUGAACGUUGUAUUGAGAUAAGAUUCAUGGUAGUUUUACAUGUUUAUUUAUUUUGAGAAUGUUCAAUUUGGUGUCAAUUUCUUCGAUGUACACUUGCAGCAAAGCAAAAUGUAGCUAGGGACCUUGAUGAAAUGCCAAAAAAGAAUAAUCGAUGUUCCAUUUGUUGAAAAAUAACUACCAUCUCUUUCCUUUUUUUUUAAUAUUGAUAAAUACGAGUAAAGUUAUCCCGCAUUGUGAGUUUUCCC